GUGCAUUGAUGGGUUCCUACUCCAACAGUCCUAGCGAUCGCCCAAAGCCGGUCUCCUCUCCCUCCGGCCAUCGAGGGCGGCUGGCUCCCUCCUCCUUCAUGCCCUCCUCGGUCCCUUGCGCUUCUCUCUCUUUGCCCUAUGAUUCUCCCAACCGACAGCGAGAGAGCAGGCGCACAAAACCUCCGAAAGAUCCCCGGUACUCAACGCCAACAAAACCACUAGAUCGCAACCCCCCGCGACACCACAAAUGGCAACAGGAUUACUGCGCCUUUUUUGCCAAGCAGGCGCCUAUACAUAGGCUGUGGCUUCGCCAAGACAGGUGA